AUGACGCACCAAUACCCUCCAUUCUACGGAGUGUAUUUGCUGCAGUCUACAAAGAAACCUCUCUCCUGCUACGUGGGCUCUACUCCGAAUCCGUUCCGACGUAUUCGGCAGCACAACGGAGACCUUAAGGCCGGAGGAGCAUGGCGAACCAAAAGAGCACACUUAAGACCUUGGAGUAUGGUGCUGAUUGUCAACGGAUUCCCUUCCAAGAUUUCUGCUCUCAAAUUCGAGCAUGCCCUGCAACAUCCUAACAUGACUCGUCUCAUUACCACUAAAGACAUCAAGCGAAAAGUGCCUCAGAAAGCCAGAGCUUUGGGAACGCAUCUAGCCUUCAUCCGUCUGCUAGUGAGAUGCUCCUACUUUCGCAGAAUGCAUUUGAGAAUCACAUUCUUCCGCUCACAUGCGCAUGAAGCGUGGGAAAAGAACGAUUACGAUGUUGGCAGUCUGCCACCUCAGUUUCAGGUCGAGACAGACUACCCCUCGGACGAAGCCGAAGCCCCACCAUCGACAGUGGGAAGCGGGGAACUCGACAUCAACAAUAGAAGCAUAGAAGAAUAUCUACAAAAGUGCAGAGAUGCUGUUUCAAAUGACAAACAACUCACUUGCUAUUUAUCGGAGAAGACACUGAACAUCUCAGAAGGCAAUGUUGCUCUCUGUCACAACUGUGAUGGGGCCUUUGACGUGGCAGAAUUAGCCGAGCGCUUUCUGAAUGAGGAGAUACCUGAAGAAUUGCCCUUCACCACACCUUCCCGACACAUCAUCCCGAUUGGUGGCGAUUGUCCCUCGUGUUUGGCACGGAUGGAAUGGUCUAACGUGAUAAAAGGGGUCUUAGCUAUGAGACCCGUACUAGAGGACAAUAAGGAGUGA